GGCAUUCUUCAUUCCAUGCCACCCCUCAGUUGUCAUCUCCAUGGAAAAAAGAAAACAAAGGAACUAAGUCAGCUGAGCUCCCGACCGCCGCCGCCGCCGCCGCCGCCGCCGCCGGGCGGGGGUGGGGGACAUCUAGUGGCCUGCGUCCGUGUCAGCACCGCUACCCUGGACCGAAAAAAGAAGGACGCGGCCCGAGCUGGAGCCCGAGCCAGCUCCCCCGAGAUGGGGAACACGUCCGCCACCUGGAAGAUCAACGAGCAGGACACGGUCAAGGAUUUCCUAGCCAAGGCCAAAGAAGAAUUCCUCAGGAAAUGGGAAAAUCCACCUCCGUCAAGUCCAAUCCAACUGGAUCAUUUUGAAAAAUUCAAGACUCUAGGCACCGGUUCCUUUGGCCGAGUGAUACUGGUGAAGCACAAGGAAUCCGGGAACUACUAUGCCAUGAAAGUCCUUGAUAAACAGAAGGUGGUGAAGCUGAAACAAAUCGAGCACACCUUGAAUGAGAAGCGUAUCCUGCAGUCCGUCGACUUCCCGUUCCUCGUCCGACUAGAAUUUGCCUUCAAAGACAACACAAACCUGUACCUGGUGAUGGAUUACGUCCCGGGUGGGGAAAUGUUCUCCCACCUGCGGCGCUUAGGAAGGUUCAGCGAGGCCCACGCCCGCUUUUACGCUUCUCAGAUUGUCUUGACUUUUGAAUACCUUCACUCGCUAGACCUGAUCCACCGAGACCUGAAGCCUGAGAACCUUCUCAUCGAUCGGCAGGGCUAUAUCCAGAUGACAGAUUUUGGUUUUGCCAAGCGUGUGAAAGGCCGAACCUGGACCUUGUGUGGGACUCCCGAGUACCUGGCUCCCGAGAUCAUCCUUAGUAAGGGCUAUAACAAGGCUGUGGACUGGUGGGCCCUGGGCGUCCUGAUCUAUGAGAUGGCCGCAGGCUACCCGCCCUUCUUUGCUGAGCAGCCCAUCAAGAUAUACGAAAAGAUUAUCGCUGGGAAGGUGCGGUUCCCCUCUCACUUCAGCCCCGAUUUAAAGGACCUGCUUAGGAAUCUGCUCCAAGUGAACCUCACCAAGCGUUACGGGAACCUCAAGAAUGGUGUCAGUGAUAUCAAGAACCACAAAUGGUUCUCCACCAUCGAUUGGAUAGCCAUCUACCAGAAGAAGGUGGAUGCUCCCCUUAUACCAAAGUACAGAGGCGCCGGCGACACAAGUAAUUUCGAUGAUUAUGAGGAGCAGGAGCUGCGGAUCUCCAUCAACGAGAAAUGCGCCAAGGAGUUUGCUGAUUUCUGAUGAUGUCACUGGGCCCUGGUGGUUUUCUUUGCGGGAGGGGGAGGGGGGUGGGGGGAAUUGAAUGGACUGAGGGCCCCAGAGUUCCUUGCAUAUUAGUUUUUUCCCUUGGGAGUCAGGAAAGCAGAGAUGUUUUCAGGGUGGGAAGAGGGAGAUUCAAAUAUCUGAUGCCCCCUCUUCCCUCCCAUGCCUAACACCCACUGCUUUUCUUUCACUGUCUCACUCCAGCUGGUAGACCCCUGGCUAGGUUCCCUCUGCUCUUUGCCUAAUUCCAUACAAGUUUUAAAUGAGUUUUCCAGACCAAACAGACUUGAACCUUCCCCCUCUUAACACCACCAGAGAUCAGGUUUCUUUCCACCCCUGCCCCCCACUCAGAUUGAUAUACUUGUACCUAGAGCUAGGCCCUUGUUUUUGUAGCUCCUUAUUGAUUCCUCUGGUGCUGGGAAGCUGGGGCAGGAGAGCCAGGGGCCCCAAAUUGGAAAAUCUCCCAAUUCCCAAGACUACCCUCUCCUUGGAACUUCAGAACUUUAUCUAAGGGUAAAAGGGCAAACAAACCAUUUCUCCACAAGGAGAAACCCUGCAUGGGAAGAUAUUUUGGUAAAAAUUUUUGUGGCUCCUUUAUAUUUAAAAAAUUUUUAAAUAUUAUUUAAAUUAUAUUUGCCUUCCAUCCUAACUCUUUCCUACCUUCCCCAGCUAUCCCAAAUAUAUGUUAAUGUGUCUGGAUCUGCCCAAAUCAAAGACUAUAGAGCUUUUAACCUCUAAGAUCUUAGCAGAUGGUUUUGAGCUGGGUCUGUGACUUGGGGAAAGAGGGGAUACUUGCUGCUGAUAAUCAACUAAGGAGUUGUGGAAAUAGUUAUGAGAUUCCCUUGAGGGGUAGCCUGCCAAGUUUGAAACAACCCUGAACUCUCAGUACUACAUCACUACCCUUACUCCCAGUGGUCUCCUUUCCUCAUGAUCAGCUCUCUUAAUCCCUAUAACUUCCCUAUUCCCCAGUUUUUGCUCACUUGGGGUAUUAGAGCACCAGAAUAAAACAAACCAAAAAAAAAAAAAAACAAAACAAAACAUUUCUCAACCCACUCUGGCAGCCUAGCUUGUGACCCCUGCCAAAGAGGCCUCUCAGAUAUCCCUGGAGCACACCUCCUUCAUUUUGGCCAUU